AUGUCGGCGUCCAUUGUUCCGGGAUGGUAUCCGCCAUCAAGAGAGAACUGGGAGCUCAUAGUGCAGGUGUUCAAAUAUUUCCCACUGGUCGCGAUUUCCCAACUAUUCAUGACCUGGUACCCGCAAGGCAAAACGUCCGUGGAAAGCAGAUGGAACCUCAACGGCCGCUUGGCAUGGGCGAUCAUGGAAUCCCCGGGCUUCCUCACCCUCCUCUACUGCAUGUGGACCAUCCCGCAACAGCAAGGCAUCGCCACCCUGCCCUGGGCCAACUGGACGAUGGCGGGCAUGUUCACGAUCCACUAUGUCUACCGCGGCUUGCUGUCGGCCCUCUGGCUCAACCCCAGCAUGUCGCCCAUCCACAUCUUCGUCUUCCUCAUGGCCUUUGCCUUCAACACCGUCAACGGGCUCUCGCUCGGCGGUUGGCUGGGCGGCUAUGGACCGACGACGGUACAUGAUUGGAGCGGCCGGCUGUACGAGAUUGAAAUCGGCCUCGUCAUCUGGGGUUGGGGCCUGAUGGCAAACAUCUUCCACGACGACGAUUUGCGCGAAAUCCGCCGCGCAGCUAUGCGGCGGCAAAAGGCGCAAGCGGAAAAGGACGGCAAGCCGCUAGAAGGGGUGAAGAAGUACUACAUGAUGCCGAAGAAUGGGCUGUUCCACUUUGUGCUGUACCCCCAUUACUUGUGCGAGUGGUUUGAGUGGGCGGGCUUUUGGUGCGUGGGAGGGUGGCAUUGCGUGCCGGCGCGCACGUUUCUGAUCAAUGAGAUUGCCACCAUGACGCCCAGGGCGAUUCAGGGGAGGAGGUGGUACAUUGAAAAGUUUGGGAAGGAGAAGGUGGGGAACCGAAAGGCCGUCAUUCCUGGUUUGCUGUGA